AUCACUUCCGGACAUCAGGCACAGCUCCGUCUGCAUUAGCUAACUGCUUUAGCUUUACUAAAAGUCCAAUUUUCAAGAUGGGGUGUGAUGGUGGUACGAUUCCGAAAAGACAUGAGUUGGUGAAAGGGCCAAAGAAAGUCGAGAAGGUUGACAAGAAUGCUGAACUUGCUGCAAAGUGGAAGUACUGUGCCUUGAGCCAAGAGAAACUCAGGCGUCCCAUCGUUGCGUGUGAGCUGGGCAGACUUUAUAACAAAGACGCAAUAAUUGAAUAUCUCCUGGAUAAAUCUGCUGAGAGACCAAAUGCUGAGGCAGUUACUCACAUCCGUGGGAUCAAGGAUAUAAAGGAACUCAACUUGACUGAUAACCCUGAGUGGGAAGGAGAGAGGAGAAAUGCUAAAGGAGACAGAUACGAGGACAUCUACUGCGGCAUGUUUAUCUGCCCUGUUGUUGGGUUGGAGAUGAAUGGAAAACACAGGUUCUGUUUCCUACAGAGCUGUGGCUGUGUGUUCUCAGACAGGGCUCUUAAGGAGGUUAAGACCGAAAUCUGCCAUAAGUGUGGGGAUCCUUUUAAAGAUGAAGACAUUGUUGUCCUUAAUGGCACAAAGGAGGAGGUUCAGAAGCUGAGGGAGAAGAUGGAGGAGAGGCGAGCAAAAGCAAAACCCAAGAAAUCAAAGAAGUCCAAGGCGGUGGAAACUGUGUCGACCCCAACAGAAUCCAAAGAGGCUUCCCAGUCUCCAGCAGUGGAUGUAACUGGGAGGAAAUCACAACAAAAUGGAGAUGAAAGCAGCCAAUCAGAUGUGGCUGGACCCUCCGGUGCCUCCAGCUCCUCUAAAGGCUCUAAAUUACUCCUGACUUCUGCCACCAAGAGAUCCAUCCAAGACAUGGAGGAAAAGUCUGAGGCUUUCAAAUCCCUCUUCACCACACACAGCUCGGCUAAACGCUCCAAAGACCAGAUCUCUAACUGGGUUACACACACACCUUAUCACUUUUAGAAGCUAUUGCUCAGUCCAGAGAACAUGGGUUUAUGGUUGUUAAUUUUGGUCAAUUAAAUAUUAAUCUUUUCAUUCGGUAAACACCACUCUCUUGUUACUUAGUUGAGCUUUAAUAAAGUCACCAGUGUGCAAACCAAUUCCCAGUUUGCCUGUUCAGUUCCCAGUAGCUCCUUGUUUACAUGCUGUGAACAUGUGUAAACCUCUCUCUGAACAUUUCAUGACUUUGUUUUGUAACCUGAUGUCCAAACGCAAUCCCCUCAUGUAUUCAUCCACACCUCUCUAUCUUCGGGUGUUGUGUAACUUGAGAAUCAUUGACUUCUAUAAUGUCUAAUGUAAUAGUUCUGCUGCCCCCUAAAGUCCAAAGUGCAGUUCAUUCUGUGAAUCUCUUAAUGGAUAAAGUUUUAAAGUCCUGAUAAGAAAUACUGCUAUAUUAUUUAUAUGGAAUAUGGCCUGAAGGUCUACCUUGGGAAUGUACCUCAUGUGGGUCUCUGCAGUUACUGGUUUUAUCUAAGCUCAAUAAUGAGCCAUGUUCUCAAAAUGUAUUUAAUGGAAUAACAUUUUCCCUGGUUUCUUUUUUUCUUUUUUGCAUUUUUCCAUUUUAAUUAAAAUGUUGAAAUUAUUAGUGCUUCCAGGUGUUUAAAGUAAUUACAAUUAUCCAUUGUGCCGAAAGAAGCCUAGGUGCGCUAAACAGAAUACAAAAAAUUUGUAUCAUUUUUGUCAACAUGAUGUUAAAUUCAUAUUAAACCCUGUUUUCGUGCUGUUUUCUUAUCAGAUUUUUUUUCCUAACGUUUAUGUAGGAUUUUUAUUUAUAAAAAGUAAACAUCUGUUUUACAUUUACAUCAGCUCUUAAGGCAGUCUUAUUUUUACACGAUUAAAUAUACUUUUUACCCUUUUGCUAUUUAUCUGGCUUUAUGUUGGAAACAUAUGUCCCCAUAUUAUUUUAUUCAAUAAGAUUCCUUUUUGUUUUUGCAAUGAUCUCCCCAUGCUCUGUGUACCGUUACUGCGCAGAUAGAGAAAUAAAAUGCUUACUGAAGA